AUGAAAGUCUCACCUGUCUGUUUAUAUAGACCUUCUAACUAUGUCAAGUACAAUUUAUCACUCAUAAAGGAUAUUGUCUCUACAAAGACGAUUAGGAAUACUGAUGAUAUCAAAGUAGUGGAGCCUACUUUAAAGAUUAAUUCUCUUAAAAAGCAGAGCAAGAAAGGUUUAGAAAAGGAAAAAAAAUCAAAUGGUAAACCAGAAUGGACCAGUAUCCUUGGGAAAUAUAACAAUUUAAGAAGUUUUGCAACUCAAGGUAAUAUAAGCUUUUCAAAUCGAUUUUUUUACACAGCAAAUAUCAAAUAUGAAUGGAGUGCCUUUAAAGAGAAUGAAUUCAUCAAUGAUGAUGCAGAUAUUGAAACUAAUGAAAACUUGGUAGAGAAGAAUGCUUCAGAAUCAGUAGUUAAAGAAAAAUUGAGAAAUGUACUUCCUGAAAUUGCGUUUCUGGGUAGUUCCAAUGUUGGGAAAUCUUCACUGUUAAAUAGUUUAUUAACAAAUUAUCAAAAAUCAACAUUGGAUAAAAUAGCAUGGGCUUCUAAAAGACCAGGUUUUACGAAAUCAUUGAAUUUCUUUAACAUUGGUAAUAGAUUUAGGCUAGUGGAUACCCCAGGAUAUGGGUACAAUAGCACAUCCAGGCAAGGUAACUUGACAUUACACUACUUAAAAAACCGUAAGGAGCUAAUAAAAUGUUUCUUAUUGAUAUCAGCAGAAAAAGGACUUAAUGGUAACGACAUGAAUAUGAUUGAAUUCAUGGCAGAAAAUGGCGUUCCAUUUGAGUUAGUCUUUACCAAAAUGGAUAAGUUGAAAAAUGUCACAAUGCUUGAAAAGCAAAUUGAAGAUAAUAAUAUUAUGAAGUUUCCAUCAUCUCCACAAUUGCUUUUCACUAACUCUGAAGUUUCCAAGAAAUGCAGAAAAAGAUAUGGUGUUGAUUAUGUCAGAUUAUUGGUUUUGCAAUCGGCAGGCUUGCCAUUUAAUGUUAAACCUUUAACAAUUUCCAAAGUUUAG